ACGAGAAUUUUGGCUUUUUCCCCUUAAUUUUCAUUCUGCAAAUGGGAGCAUUUUCCCUUUGCCUGUGUUUCCUCGGAGAGACACGAGCCCUGGGCCCAUCACAGCCUGCCAGUUCACCGAGUUCCUCUUCCCCCACCACAACAAGAGGCUCCUGAUCAAGGCCAGGCAAACAGCCGCUGAUAACACAACUUCCAGGUUGCUCUUCCCAAGGCCGGGCGCCGGGGCCAUUGAACGCCAGGCCCAGACGAGCGCCCUGUGUUUGUCUGUGAACCCUGGCAGCGACACCUGCUCCGUGGGGCCUUGGUGCCAUGGUACAGCCUGGGGUAAUGACUCUGUUUAUCCUCUUUGGGUAAUCCUGAUAAGGCCACACAACCCCUCCCGCGCCGAUUCAUUGAGAAAACGGCCGUUGGCCACGCCGGGAACUCGCCUGGCCCGGCCAAUCAGCCCAGCAACAACGGGGUUGGUCGGGUGGUUUUAAUGAGGGCUGCUUAAUCAGGGCGGUCAAGGCUGCGGAGGGGUGUUCACUGUGACCUGGCCUUAUAAGAGCUGGCUGGAGCACCACGGGCUGCCAGAGCUGGGAGGACGGGGACAAUCCGGCCCGUGACAGAUUUCGGAAGGGAUUUUACGUCUCUCUCCCUCCAGCUGGGUUUGGACGAGGAGCUGGCUCAGCCAUGAACACCAGCGUGGACGCGGGGUGUGAGAGGUGCCAGUGCCACGGCAAGGACAAGCAGCCUGCCAUCCUGUACUCCCUGCUGAGCCAGGAGCGGCGGCCCGGCGGGGCCCGGCAGUGCCUGUGCCGGCAGCGCCGCGCCGUGUGCCUGCGCACGCCGCACCUCACCUGCCAGGCCGCCUCCGACGUGCUCGUCAAAACCAUCAACUUCAUGAAGAACGUGGCUGCCUUCCACCUGCUGCCACGGGAGGAUCAGCUGCUGCUGCUGCACAGCUGCUGGGUGCCCCUGUUCCUGCUGGGGCUGGUGCAGGAGAUGGUGACCUUCGAGGUGAUGGAGGCCCCGGCCCCCAGCAUGCUCAAGAAGAUCCUGCUCAGCGGCCAGAGCAAAGGGCAGGAGCCCGAGGGGACACAGCCCACGCUGGCGGCCGUGCAGCGCCUGCAGUGGUGCCUCAACAGCUUCUGGAGGCUGGACCUGAGCCCCAAUGAGUACACCUACCUGAGGGGAGCCAUUCUCUUCAAUCCAGACAUCCCCGGGCUGAGGGCUCCCCUGUACAUCGAGAGCCUGCAGUGGGAGGCGCAGCGGGCGCUGCGGGAGCUGCUGCACCCCGAGGACCAGGCUCGCUUCUCCCGCAUCCUCCGGGUGAGCUCCUCCCUGAGAUCCAUCCCCGCCGGCCUCGUCACCGACCUGUUCUUCCGGCCCGUCAUCGGGGGCGCCGCCAUGGGGCAGCUGCUGGUGGAGAUGCUGUUCGAGGUGACGGGCUGGCCCCAGGCGCCGUGGCUGCCCCUGCCCCGCUGAGCUGGGCUCUGCAGGAGCUCUGUGUUCCACUGGAGGAUCCCUGGGGAAGCGGCUGUGGCUCAGCAGAUUGUAGCCAGCUCCUGCUCCGCCUGGGCCGCUCUCCAAUCCAGGGAGGGUGUGAGGGCGAGGGGUUCCCUGCCCUGGUCUCAGAUUUUACUCAUUUUGCUGUGAGCUCCAAGCAGUGAGGGUUGUCCUCAGCUCGAUCCCGUGGUGUCUGACUGCCUCAGUGGGAUCAUUGACAGAGAGCAAACAUGGAAUUAACUCUGGGUCUGGCUUCCGUGCUUGGAAUCGUAGAAAUACUCAGGAAAUUUCUUCAGGGAAAAGUCCUACAGGGUGUACAGACUCACCCCUCUUUUCCUUAGAUUCUCUCUUUGCUCCAUAAUUCCAUGAAAUACAAGAGGAUUAAGAGCACUUAGCAGCACCUAAACGUACUGCACUUCAUCUGUGGCUCAGGGCUUUCUUGUC